UCGUACCACAAUCUAUUUUGUGCUGAAAUCAAAUUAGGGAGCCAAGAUCGAGGCCAUUGCAACUCGGUAUGAGAUAGUCAAAUACUUCAACAGUUUGCUCCAUGAAAAGCAUGUCUACAAGAUGCACAACGUAUGGUUUGGUCUUAAUCCGGGUGCAUUUAAUUUUCGACAUCUAAAUGGUACCAUGGAGUUGUAUUUCACCCACCAAACUGUCAUAGAGCCAUACGCUGUCCCAGUUCAAAUGCCGCCAUUUCCAAAACAUAUAUUCUUGAACCUUGAUGAUAUUGUCGAGCUGCCAAACAUGACUUUAGUUGACAUUAUGGCUAUUGUAGUCCACUUGGAUACAAUCCAUCGCACAAUGUGGGGUACAUUCAGGAAGAUUGUUAUAAUGGAUGCUAGGUGGUCUUUACAUACCAUUAAAGUUUGGGGCGAUUUACUAAACAAAAAUGCACUCCGCUGGGCGUUGGCUAAUGAGAAUUAUAGCAUCAUAAUUGGGACUAUGUUUCGGCGGUUCAGAAAACAAGAGUGUCUCGAAUCAACUGACCAUACAACAAUACACUUCAAACCGUUCCAUCACAACACCCAUUAUUUUGAACCAAUUCAAAAGGCUUUGGUGGCGCGGAACGAUCGUCAAUUUGCCGUUAGAUAUCUUGACGAACAAAGGCGUAGACAGAGUCUGUAACUAUUGCAAAUCUGAAUUUUAUGAUGGAAUACAUGUACUUUUAUUGAUGCAACUUACAUGUGUCAAGAUUUGUAAAACAGUUUGUUCUACUGGGACAUAUCAAUGAAUAAGUGGAACAUCAAUCGUUUAGCC